CCAUUGUGCAAGACGAGCCUAGCGUCAUCAUUGUUUUAUCUUCUCAAUCCUGAGGUUAAGCAACCUAUCCCCUUCAUGGCGAACGGCGGGCCCGUCGCGAUGACCGUCGAAGACUUUCAGCCGGACCCCGCCAGCCGACCACCGUCGUUCCGCGCCUCGCCGCUGCUGGUGCUGGUCUCGGACGUUGGGCUGGUGCUGUCGCAGGUGGCGUACCUUCCAAACGCAUUCCUGCCCCUGCGGCUGGCCGACGGCGGCCUUUUCCAGGACAUCACGCCGACUGGCCUGGCCUUCCAGCUGCUCCUCACCUUUCUCUCCGUCUCUGUGAUUGUGCCGCUCAUCGUCUAUGCAGGCCUUGCCGGCGGCCUCUUUCCCAUCAUCAUUGCCGCCGCCAUCCUGAUCCCCCUCCAACGCGUUCAGGGCGACGUCCUCGUGAGCAUCGCCCCCGCUCGAUCUGUGCUGUCCCCUGCCGAGCGCCAACGGUUCAAGGGCGAGACCUGGUUCUUCGUCAAUGGCGUUGCGACGUCACGGAGCGGCAUGAUGCUCGACCUCGCCCGUCUCGAAUACCUCUUUCGCAGGCCGGUGAUGGGCGUCUUGAAUCGCACCGCGGGGCCCAUCCUGGACGUCGCCGAGUGCAUUCUCCAGCGCGACCUGUUUGUGAGCACGCGAAGCGUGCGGCAGGCGUAUGCCGAGGUCAAGCGGAGCCUCCUCGACGACUCGCUGUCCAAGGUCGUGCUGCUGGGCCACUCGCAGGGCGGCAUCAUCGUCAGCAACGUCGUCGACCAGCUCCUCUCCGAUGUCGGCCGCGACGUGCUGGACAAGCUCGAGAUCUACACGUUUGCAUCGGCGGCCAACCACCAGAACAACCCGCUCAAUGCAGCGGGCCAGCCGACGAUUGCCCACCUGGAACACUAUGCAAACGGCAAAGACCCCGUCUCGCGCUUCGGCGUCCUCGCCUUUGCCCCCAUCCCAGAGCAGGAGCGGCGAGAAGCCAAUCUGCCCACGCUCAGGAGUGGUGAUGAUGCUACCGCCACUGCGGCUGCUGCUGCUGCUGCUGCUGCUCCUCGCAAAAACGGCGGGAGAAGCGACGCUGGUGGAGGAGGCCAGACGGAUCCUCCAACCAAGGCAACCGGUGCCCGCUUUUCAGGCAGGCUCUUCCUGCGACCAAAGGCAAGCGGCCACCUCCUCAUCAGCCACUAGUGAGUCCUUUGAGUUGUAUUCUCCCUCUCGUUGGCAGCAGAGGCUGGAGCUGAUCGCUUGCGGCCUCUGCCACACCAGCAUCGGGAAGAGCAGCAGCAUCCUCGAGACGAGAGAGUCGAGGCGGUACUCGAGGCUGCGCAAGUACCUCGGCGGCAGCUCGCCCCCUGCGACUACGGCUGCGACUGUGCCUGCUUCUUCUGUUUCUGCCACUUCCCCUUCCUCGCCUCCGACCAUGCUUCCACGGUGAUGACUGCUGUUCCACUCCACCCCUUGCUCUGUCUACCCUGCUCUGUCCUUGCUUCUGCUUGCAUUCCGCACUGCUCAAUCACUCUCAUCUGCUACUCUGUAAAGCACCGCAUGCAAUUAGAAUCACAGACGUGCUC